AUGCCGUUUGCUCCCUUUGUUGGAGUAAACCAUCAUGGACAGUCCAUACUCUUAGGGGCAAGCUUGAUUUCAAGCGAGGACACAAGUACAUUCGUGUGGUUGUUUGAAGCAUGGUUAGAAUGCAUGAAUGGACGAGCACCCGCAGCCAUCAUAACAGACCAAGACAGGGCAAUGAAGAAUGCGAUUGAAAUUGUAUUCCCGAAUGCAAGACAUAGAUAUUGUCUCUGGCACAUAAUGCGGAAACUGCCGGAGAAAUUGGGAUCCCACUCGGGAUAUAACGCAGGACUGAAGACUGCAAUUCAGAGUGCAGUCUAUGAUACACAAAAUUGUGAACAAUUUGAGGAGAAGUGGGGGCAGUUAAUUCAAAAGUAUGACCUUAUCGACAAUGCAUGGUUGCAGGGGUUGUACACCGAGAGGUCAUUUUGGGUGCCAGUUUACUUGAAAGGUGUAUUCUGGGCUGGUAUGAGCACUACCCAACAGUUUGAAAGCAUGAACGCCUUCUUCGACGGAUAUGUGCAUUCCGGUAUGACAUUGAAAGAAUUUGUCGAUCAAUUUGACAAUGCUUUGAGGAAGAAGGUGGAGGCCGAGACGACAGCUGAUUUCCAGUCCUGUAACCAAACAAUCCCAUGUGUAUCCCUAUUCAAAAUUGAGAUGCAGUUUCAAUUAUUAUACACGAAUGCAAAAUUCAAAGAGGUCCAAGCAGAGGUUUGGGGGAUGCUUUUAUGUAACCCUUCACUUGUGGGCACUGAAGGUAGCAUUUCCACGUUCGAUGUUGCAGAAGAAAUCUCUACACCUGAUGGACAGUCCAGAAUUGUGAAGUACAUGGUUUACUUUAAUGAAUAUGAAUGCGAAGUUCAAUGCACGUGUGCCUUGUUUGAGAUGAGGGGGAUUCUCUGCAGGAAAAACUUAAAGAGAAGAUACACACUGGUUAAGAGUAGCUAUGAUGAUGUACGGGUCAAUGCGGAUGCACGACGCUAUGAGCUUCUCGUACAAAGAUGUCUAAGAUUUGCGACGCGUGUAUCUCGAAAUGAUAAGCAUGUGAAUGCAUUCUUUCAUAUGUUGGAGGACUUUGAGCAUAAGUAUGUAGGAUUAGAGCCUGAGUCUGGUUCAACAAAGUUAAAAGAGAACGUGGUUGGCGAUAAGGAUAAGAAAAUAUUAAGCCCGCACGUUGUUUUGGGGAAAGGGAGACCCCCAACAAGAAGAAAGGUCCCAAUGGUCGAGAAGGCUACAAGGAAGCGAAAGAAGAAACAGACUUACAGGAGUCUAUUUGAAGACGCUUCACAGAAUGUGGACAUCCCGAUGUCAAGCGGAGGUGAUAUUGUUGACGAGGUUGUUAUCCCAACCCAGUGUAGUGCUCUAACACAAGUAAGGCCUUCGGCCAAUGAUGAGGUUGAAGAUGCAUUUGGCUACUGUUGUAGGAAGCUGAAUUCUGACAAUUUCUUUGUGGAUAAGUGA